AAGGACAGUCAGAUCGAUAAUUUUGUACAAAUUGGAAAUGAUUUAAUGCUGUUAAGGCUUUUAAGUGCAAUAAAAAGCAUUAAAAAUGCUAAAACAAGAGAAUCUUGCUGCCAAUUUCUGUGGUCUGCUUGCUCAAAAAGGAUUCAAAGAAUCAGCCAAUGAAUUCAGAAUAUUGGGUCAAGAACGAGACGGGACAAUAUUAACAAGCUGGAUAUCAAAGAAUCAGGAAGGCAAUAAUGUCUCAAUGGUCGGUGGAUAUAACAUUAAGGAGAAGAAUUUUGAAAUUUUGCACAAAUUUACUGAAGUUAAGAAUGUCAUUCAGGCAUCCGUUAAUUGCACAAGAUCUUUAUUGCUGUAUGUUCUUAAGGAUCAAAUACAGACGGAUAAUUGUGAAACAGAUGAAUCGAAUGGAAUUAAGUUUGUUUAUAAAGCAUUUCUAGUCGAAAUUAAGAAUAAGAAUCCAGCGGAACCGAAAGAGUUACUUGAUGUACCAAGAUCCAAGCAAGUUUUAGUUCAAUUUUUAUGGUAUAAGCAGCAACGAAAUAGUCAAGAUCGUUUUUUAUUGAUGAUCCAUGAAGAAUGUAUUUAUCUCUAUACUUUAGUAUUAAGGAAGGAAAUUGGUGAUGAAAGUAACUAUUAUUACGAUAAAGUUAUGAUUAAAAUUGAUACGCCUGUCAAGAAUUUCAUUUGGUGUCAAUGGGAAUCAAAGAUUCAAAGUCUAUUUUAUAUUAAUUUAAAGCAGUCAUCUCGAACAUCAUUAGAAGAAAACGAUAAAGCUUUGAAUCCAUCACUUUCAGCAUUACAAUUUCAUGAUGAUUUACCACAUGAAACAGUCUUAAACAUUCCAUUGAAUCUGCCCAAAAUGCCAACAUCAAGUAAAUGCUCUGAAUAUGAAGACGAUACAAUUCCAUUAAGAGUCCAUGACUCGUCCUUGAACUUGAUAAUAAUAACUGAUGAUGAUAAAGGCAUAUUCAUUUGCCACUACUACUUAUAUCAGCCAAUAAGGCAGCAAGAUGAAGAUCAAUCGAGUGUUGAAGAAGUACAUUUUGCAUAUUCAGUUACAAUGGUUGCAGCUAGUCUCGUUCUGCACUGUAUUAUUCCUGGAAUAGCUUGGGAAAAGGCAAAGUCUAUGAAACCGACAUUUUCUCUCGUAGAUGAAUACAUGCUUGUCUUUCAAGCUGGUUUAUUCAUUAAUGUACUGGAUAUUGGACUUGAACAUGAGCCAUGUGGACACAUAGUUGCACAACCUUUUACUAAACAAGAAGUCACACAUCUUGUUCCAAUUUUUAAUUCAAUAUGCUUUGAUUCAGCAACACUUGAUCUUAUUUCAAUACAAAUUCCUAAAAAUCACUUAAUUGAUACAUUCAAAAGUGACACAUCUAUUGAUAAUCGUUUAAGCAUCAUUCAUUAUUUCCUCGUCCAUUACAAUGACAUUGAUAUCUUUGCUGAAUUAUUAAAUAUUAUUAUGGAGCAUCCAUUGAGUCUAGAUACUGUUAGUUUAUUAAAAGAAGCACUAGUUGCAGGCACAUAUUCAUCAUUACGAAAAGGAUUGAAUCAAGAUGCUGCUGCAUUAAUUAAAUUCCUUCCAUUAACAACAUGCAACACAUCGAAGCCAUUACAGGCUAAAGUUUUUGAUCUCAAUGUUGGAUUAUCUCAUGAGUUUCUUCAUAAUACAGCAAUGACAUUGCUGAGCUCUCAACAAAGAUUGUCACCGUAUCGUCAAGACAUGUGGACACGACUUUAUGAUCGUCUUAAUGACAAAAAAGAUUCAAAGCAGCGAUUCUGUUGCGAUCAAGUAACAGAGAAAUUAAUGUAUUCACUAGCUUGCUAUCAGCCAGAGGCAUUAAGUCGUGCCACAACACCAUUGAUGACACCAAGCAGUUCUACGUCCAUGAUGAGUGAUUUAAAUGUUAUUAACUCAUUUACUUCAUCGAAAAGAAAUCAAAAUGAUAUGUUGCCAUUUUUAGAAUUCGAAACGUGCACAGCAAGUAAACAGGAACACGUAAUUUCAGUCAAUUUACGUGAAUUAAGCAUGCACUUGGUGAAACAUAGUGUGAAGCAAGUUACUGGAUUUAGAUGGCUUAAAGAUUACGAACCGACAGCACCAACUUUUGUGCAUGCUGUCUCAACAAAAUAUGUUACUGCUCAAUUGGAAGUUUCCCGUCUUUUGUGCAUCUUCGUGUGUCGUGCUGCUGGAAUCGAUGCUCGCAUCGAAAUUGAACGUGGAUUUAAUUUGAUCGAUAAACUCUCCAUCCCCCAAAGAUAUUUACUAUUUUUAAUGCUCGAGAGAUAUGUACUUGCUGUUGAAUCUAUGUCAUUUCCAUUGCCACAAGGAUUUUCAUCAUUCUUUACAUACUUAGGAUUUAGAUCUCUAGAAUUUGAAGAAUUUAUUGAAUACUGUCAGAGGCAUGUUUUUGAACUACAAAUUGAUGUCAUGAAGAAUAUUAUGAGUGAUAUUCCAGACACAAAUGAAGGUGUGGCAAGGAAGCUACUAUUAUUAUCAUUACUUCCCAGAACCAGAGCAAGAAGACUUCUUAACAAUUGGUCACAUCCGAUAAGUUUGAGGAUCCGUGGGAUUGAUCAUUCGUCGAAUGUUUUGUCUGGAAAUUCAGCAGGUCGAUCAAUGUCGUUGUCAAGUAGCAGGAAUACAAAUCCAAUAGACAUUGAGUCAAGUUUAGACACAAAUUGGUAUGAUAUGUGGUAUGCAGUAGAGAAAAGUCAUAAUAAAUCAUCAUUAGAAUCAUCGUCGAUGUCGUCGGAAGAAGAAUUGGAGUCUCAAGUUUCUGUAAGAGACUCAGUUUCAUGUUGUUUUAGUUUUAAAAAAUUGUUUAUAUUUAUUGUCGCAUGGUUUUGCAUAAUUUUACUAGUCAUUAUUUGUAUUUUAUUAAUAAUUAUCAUUUUGUGUUAUAACGAAACUCCAACCAAAUUAUUAUCAAUUGCACAGCAGUUAUUCGAAUCUAAUUAAUUUAUUUAUUUAUUCAUUUAUUUAAGCUUAUCUCAUAUACUUUUUUUGUUAUGAUUUAUACAUCAAAUGCUUUAAUUUGU